UGCAGUUAGGUGUUCAAUGCUUAGCCGAGGAGUGCCGUGGAGAGGCAUGCUCUGGGGAGAGAGCCUUACUCUCCGCAUUUCGGGGUUUGGUUGUGAAAGUAGCACUUGGUUGAACUAUCGGACCAGGAUUACGGUUGUGAAUGCCCGUGGAGUAUCUUCAAGCUACGGUAACCGGUUUCCAAAAGAUGCGGCCUGGACUGGCCCUGCAGACGGCUCUCAUCGCCGUGGCCUUGGCAGACAUCAGUCUCGUGGUACUUUGUGAUCCCACCAACAACACCCCCCUUUCUCAGACGCACGUUUCUGCCAGGACUUCCGCACAAACACCACUAAAAUCCACACAGGCGGCAAUAUCAUCCACACAAAUACCAUUAACACCCACACAGGCGCCAGUAACACUCACAUAUACAUUACUUACAUCCACACAGACAUCAUUCCUAUCACUACUUACACCAACACAAGCGUCGCUAACACCCACACUAACACCACUAGCACCCACGCCUCCAACACCCACACAGGCGCCUCCAACACCUAAACAGGCACCUCCAACACCCAAACAGGCACCUCUAACACCCAAACAGGCGCCUCAAACACUCACAAAACCAGCACUAACAUCCACUCAACCACCACUCGCAUCAACAGAACACACGCAACAACCUCCCACCGCGCAGUACCCCGAGGCAUCCACGAUCCUCCCAGACACGCAAAUCCCAUCGACUUUCUAUCGCGUAUCGUGGUCACCCAACCCCCACGACCCUCAGAUACCCACCGCGACGCCGCACCAUUCGCAGCCCUUGCUCAUUCCACAGCAUGUUGCAUUUGUUGCAUUGUCUACACACCAGCUGCCAGGCACAGAGGAGCAUGCAGGUUUGGGAUAUACGACCCAAACAACGCAGCUGUCAACCUCACCACAUCAGAAGCAAAUGUCAGCCGAAGCGUUACAUGUAAAAGAUCCAAAUACACUACCAGAGGAGGACAGUCCGCCAACAGCGCCAUCUGUUGGAGGGACGUUAACUACUACUCCAUUGUCCACCCAAGUCAUACCAACGCUUCCAUUCACACAGCUCUCGAGUACGCCGGCAUUCACAACUCUGUCAACCACGCCUGUCAUCACGCCUCUGUCAGCAACAACACCAUUAGCGGAAUCUUCAACACCACCAUUACCAAGGGAGCCGCCUCGUACACCGACGCUGAGACACCCAUUAUAUCCUCGUCCGUUAGCAGAAGAGCCAGCCACACAUUCACUGACCAUAUCUACCCACGUUGAGCUUCCAUCUACAAAAUCAAAAUUUCUCACGGAAUCAACGACAUUACCACGCGUGGAGACAACCACACAGAUAGUCAUACCACCAGAUAAACUACGCUCUACAAUAGGAACCGAUGAUAUAAUUACCCUGUCAUCCGUCCCACAGAAGGAGUCUUCUACUAUGCUACCUAUCAUGCCAGUUGCGUCCUUGCUUACAGAAUUACCAGAUGCACAAUCACAAACAGAGGGUUUGGUAACACCAAUCACAUCAUGGCAAACACUAGCACCAGUUACACAGUCACAAGCAGACGGUCCAGCAGCACCAGUUACACCACCAGUCACAGUAACGACAACUGAUCCAUCGUUACAUACACAGUUACCAAUAACUCUAUCAACUACGGCAUCCAUACCAUCUAAUAUACAAACUUCCCCUGUGCCAGUAUUAAAGACUUCAAGUGUACCAUCUACACCAUCAUACACAGAAUCCACAACUGCGACAGAUACACCAUUGCAUAUACAGACAACAUUUACACCAAUACACACAUCAACAUCAGUAUCACAAGAGGAUUCUCCCACAGAACCAACACCUACUGUGAACGCAAUACAUGCUGAGGAACUUUUAGAAAAAUACGGCUACUUGAACUGCAUUCCUCCUGGCAGCGAGCGCAACACGCACCUUCACCGCCUCCUUCUGUAUCGCCGUGAAAAUCCGGAACCAAAUACUAGCCAUCAGUACACCCCACUGGACUUCAGACUCUUCUCGCUUGUAAACCCGAGACUCCCAACAGAUAUGAAACAAUAUUACAGAAAGAAAAUCAAUGAUUACGUCCUUUCGAGCACAGAGGACGUCGAAGGCAAGACUCCCCUGAUUAGGCUCAAGAUCAUAGAACCGACAUUGAAAUCGUACUGGUAUUCGCGACGGAAAGGUAUGGAGCAGCUCCUGACGGGACGAGGCCGAGGAGCCCGGCGAGCGGUGGUGGUGGAGGAUCCGGCGAAACUCGGCUACCAGUACCUGCCCGUCUGUAGUAAAGUGCAAAUACAGGAAGCCAUUGACAAGUUCCAGGCAGCCUAUCAUGUUGGCGUAGGGGGCACACUGGACCUUCCAACCCUAGAGCUGCUCUCCAGACCCCGCUGUGGCAACCCAGACAACCUCAUGGAGGAAGACAGUGACGACGUGGAGCCGUCCGCGGUGUGGCCGCCCAACAUAGUCAGCUUCCUCCACCGUCGACGCAGAAGCUUGGUCGUGCCCGAGAGAGGAAAAACGGACGGUGGCACUAAGGACCAAACCAAACCCCUGGAAAGUACGUCCGAUGACCGACAGAGCGAGGCAAGUAUGGUAGGGACGUCGUUGGGAGGAACAGCAAACCGAUACGAUCCUUCCACUGAACCGGUGCCAGACCAGGAGAGGCUCCACAGGGUGGCGCUGGCCCUUCGCGAGGCCACGAGGGCGAAACAUCCGAGUGUAAUACAACACGAGGAGUGGGAACCGCAUCCACAGGAAGCUCCUAUGCGGCGUCGGCGGUGGGUGCAGGACCUCGUGGACAGGAUACACUCGGGGGAGGAGGAUGCCCGCCUGGCCGCCCUCACUCCACACAUCCUUGCCCGCACUUCAAAGACGCCCGAUGAGGAACCGCAGCACGGCCGCAGAAAGAGGUCAGCGUUCACCCACCUGGGCCAGCAGUUUAUGGAGUCUUUGAUUACCUGGCGCCUCGUCACGUCUGGCUACAGCUCCCAGUUGGCGGUAAGUGUCCAACGCGCCGCCCUCGCCCUCGCCUUCAGAAUGUGGUCCGAAGUCAUCCCUAAAAUAUUCAUAGAGGACAAUAGUUCGAACAAUCCCAAUGACGCGAACAUCAACAUCGGAUUCGGACGACGAAGUCACCUCGGCUGCGUGACCGAGUUCGACGGGCUGGGCGGAGAGCUGAGCCACGCCCUGAGAGACGCCCGUGACGCCCAAAUCCACAUGGACGACGAUGAGCACUUUACCCUCGACUCUGACCACGGCACGAACCUCCUGAAGGUUGCGGUGCACGAAAUAGGGCACGUGCUCGGCCUGGAUCACGUGCUCAGGAACUACUCCAUCAUGUACGCCGUGUACGAGAAGGUGCUGCCCAACCAGGGCCUCGAGCUGGGCUGGGAGGACAGGAAGCUCGUCCAGAGGAUCUACGGCCGCUGCGUGGGCAAGUUCAGCACCGUCUUCGAUUUCCUGCGGUGGCGUUCCGACGGCUCCCUCUCCUACAACACCUACUUCUUCCGCGGGGACCACUUCUGGAUGUACGAAAACAAGUACAACAGAACGCGCUUCGGGGACCCCCUGUACAUCGACACGGAAUGGCGCGGCCUCCCAGACGACAUCGACGCCUACACGCACAUCUUCACCAGCACCAGGGACUCCCACCUCUUCUUCAAAGGAGAACACUACUACAUGAUCGACCCCGAAACCCGGAACGUCCUGCCCGGUUUCCCUCGCCGGAUCGCCCAUGACUUCCACGGUCCUCGCACGGCCAAGAAACCGUAUCCGAAGGCCAUUCCUAGCAACCUCGACGCCGUCUACUUCGAUAUCAGGGACGAGAACUUGUAUUUCUUCAAGGGGCGGAAGGUUUACGGCUACGACAUCAGGAAUGGAACGGAAGGGUGCUGUCUGCCGGGCUACCCUCGCCUCAUCCACAACGAAUUCACAAGAGCUGACGAAGGAUCCAGGAAUCUGCCGAAGAAAUUGGAUGCCGUUUAUUAUUCCUACACUGAUCAGACUCUGUAUUUCUUUAAGGAACGGCUCUUCUGGGAGCUGGUGACCUUCCAUCCACGUGACACCAAGCGCACUAAUGAAGUCCUUGGGCCUUUCUUCGUGCAUGACAAGUGGUAUGACAUCUGUGACACGGACAUCGACGGCUACAAUGCAUAUCGCGUGAACAGGAAAAAAUAAUACGUCGUUUUUUUUCUUUUUUCUUUUUAUAUCGAGAACGUAUUCAUUGAAAAAAUUAUGAGAAAUAGUUGAGGAAUAUCAUGAAUUUCCAUUUGUAUUGAAAUGAAUCCAAAACAAAAUUAGGAUUUAUAAUACAGACAUAUUUAGUCUGUAUUAGUCCCUAAAAUCGCUCAACCAAUUAUUCCAUAAUAAAAGACUGUCUUGAGGCUAAAGAACUCAUUUUAAAAUUUGUCUAUUUUGGCACAAGAUCACUAUAAAAGUAGCGAAAUCCUCUAUCGUGUUAACAUAAUGUUAGCGAAAUUACUGUACAUACAAAACUUCUAUUGUAGCCGAACGUAAUAUGGAAUAUAAUGCGAUAUCUUUCCACUAGCUGAAAAAAGAUAAUAAUAAUAAUAAUUAUAAAAUCGUUACUUUAUGAUUUAUGUAUCGAUUACCAGGAUACUUACCACUUUUCUUUUAUUAUGUUACCAAUAUUUGUAUUCCAAAAGUUCAAAUUUGUAAGAUUAAUAUACCCGAGUUCGUCUUUUAUUUUGGGUUUAAUCCUGAAUCCGUCUGAAGGAAUGACUUAGAUAUAACAAUGGCAUCUUUCAUGGUGCUUCUCUUGAGGGGGAAAGUUGGUCAGUUGAUAUUGCAAUUGAUAUAUGCGUCAGUCGAAGAAAAAAAUAUAUCCUUUCGGCCAUGAAGUAUACCAACCGAGUACGUUUUUUUUCCUUUUUUAUUGUUUGUGUUUUUCAAUAUUAUUAUAAUUACGAGAAUGUAUUUAAUAGGUGACAAACAGAGCCUUCGAAUUCAUGCGCACUCAUUUUUCUUGAUACAUGAACGGCUGCUCAUACACACAUACACAGCCGCACUCGCACACACACAAGCACGCACGCACGCGCGCGCGCGCGCACAAACAUACACAC